CGUUUCUCUGUGAUUGGACUGAUUGGCUCUUUGCUUGUAGGAGUGAAAUGAAAUUGAAAUAUCAUUUUCAGCUUACGGAUGGAAAUAUCUGACAACUAAAUGUUUCAUCAACAUUUUAAUUCCAAUUUUUUUCUACAUUUACGGAAUAUUAAUGAAUAAAUUAAUAGUAUGGUUUGAAAUAAUUUAUUAUAAUGAAGGGAUUGCUUGUUUUCAUUUCUUUUCUUCUUUGGAAGGAAACAUUGGAGGCUAAUCAUGCAUCGUUUUAUGGAAAUAGUUAUAUUUAUAUACCUUUCAAAGAAGCAAAAAGUACAACUGAUAUACAAUUCAAGUUUCGAACUCUAUUACCAAAUGCCUUAAUCCUCUUAGUGGCUGGAACAACAGACUUUUGUAUUGUCCAAAUAGAAAAGGGUAGACUCAAAGUAAAUAUUAAUUUAGGUGCAGGAGAAUCUGAACUGGUGUCCCCUGCUAAUUUUCUUCUUAAUGACUUCAAGUGGCACAAUGUUUCCAUUUUACGUAAAGAUGCUAAUUUAUCUGUAACAAUUGAUGAUUCAAGGAAAUUGCAAAAGCACUUACCUGGAAGAUUCUUUGAAUUAAAUAUCCACUUUGGUUUAUUUGUUGGGGGACAUGGAAAUUUUAGCGAAUUGUUUUUUGGACAUUUGGAGAAGUUUCGUGGUUGUAUAUCUGAUAUGCAAUAUAAUGGCAUGAAUGCAAUUGAAGAAGCUCAUUAUCGGCAAGUUAAUGCAGCAGUUGAAAGUGUUACAUGGAAUUGUGCGGCUGAAUUCGAGUCAGAUAGAAGUAAUCCAAUAAGUUUUAUAAAGGAUAACUCCUUUAUGUAUGUUGCGCACAAUGUUCAGCACAAAGAAAUAAAAAUUCAAUUUGAUUUGAUCACAAUGGCGCAUCAGGGUGUCCUGUUUUACAAUUCAGGUCAUUUGAACAAACAAGAUUUCUUCGCGAUUACAAUUUGGCAAGGUCUAGUACAAUGUGUUGUCAAAAUAAGUGAUGAAAUCAUAGAAAUCACGAAUAAUGUUAAUGUGACAGAUGGAAAGUGGCAUAAAGUAUCUCUGCACCAAACGGCUACAUUAUUAGAACUAAGGGUUGAUGAAAAGAUUAAUUCGAAGGAAAAUAUUGCUGCACAUGCCUUUGCUUUGAGUGAUAAUUCUUACAUUGGAGGGGUUGAAGUCACCAAACUUUCAAGAGCCAUGUCCAGUGGAUGUAAAAAUUGUGAUACGCAUUAUAAAGGUUGUUUGAGAAAUUUGUUUGUUGCUCAUAAACAGAUAGGUAUACCAGAUGCUCAUAUUACUCAAGGGCUGAUACCAGGAUGUGUUUGGAAAUAUCCUUGUAACCAAAAUCCUUGUAAAGAUCAAGGGUCUUGUGUCCAACAUGGUAUAGAUUCAUUCAAAUGUUUGUGUAAAGACAAACUGUGUAUAAACGAAAAUUAUACUGAUAUAUACAGGGUAUUCUCAGAGAAUAGUUUAGCCACUGAAUUAGAACUCUUAGCUGUAAAGCCUCUCGAGGUUAUGGAAGGCGCUAACGCUGUUAUCACGACUGAAGUUCUGCAUAUGAUACUAGAUUACCAGAAAUACGGUAUACAAGAUUCUGGCGUAAGAUUCAAUAUUGUCAAAGUUCCGAAUCAUGGUACUGUGACUGUUUGGCCGCAUGAUUCAAAUGUCUUUACGUUGAGUGAAGUGGCCAAUGAUAAGGUUCAUUACAUACAUGAUGGCUUGGAGUUUUUCCAAGAUAGUAUAGUGGUCGAAUUAAAUUUUGAACCCACCGAUUCCUUCAUUCUUCCAGCUUACUUACAGGGAACAUUUAUGUUUACUAUACCCAUAAAUGUAGUAUCAGUUAAUGAUCCUCCUAGGUUGAAAAUGAGCAACAGUACGGUACUACGAGUUGUCCAGGGUUCUAAGACUGUUAUAUCAAAGGAACUUUUAAAUGGUGAAGAUCCUGAUACAGACAGAGAAAAACUGGUUUAUAAUAUUGUAGAACAAGAAGUUGGAUAUUUUGAGAAUCGACUAAAACCAGGUUUGGAAGUAUCCUCUUUCACGCAAGAGGAUAUAGAUAAAGGAAAUAUAUUUUUCGUGUCUCAGAGGAACAAACUGAACGAUUCAUACAUAUCGUUACAAAUUUCCGAUGGUUUGGAGACAAGUAAGCCGUAUAAGUUGAGAGUGACUGUGUCACCUCAAUUUUGGAGACUGCAAAAUAACACUGGGCUCACUUUGCUACACCAGAAUUUCGCAUUGAUAACGCCGAUGAAUUUGAGUUUUAUAUCGAAUGUCGCCAAUGCCGACUACAGGGCCCAAUUUCGAAUAACAAAAAAACCAAGUUAUGGCGUGGUGGAAGUAGAAGUCAGCGCUAAUAAUUGGAAAGCUGUGGAUGUAUUUUCAACCAGUGAUUUGAAACAACACAGGGUUAGGUAUCGGCACACUAUGUCGAAGCCGGAUAUUGAUGAGUUUCAGUUUCAGACAACUUUUGAUAAGUCAUCCCUCUACACCUUUCGGAUCAAUUUCGUUCGAUGUUCAUUAUUUGAAAUCAAUACAAAGCCCAUAUUCAUGAACGAGACUCAGGAAAUGAUAAUAACGACACAAUAUCUGUCGUUCGAAACUAAACCGAUCAAAACAUUAUCAACAUCCAUUAAAUAUGUGAUAACCAAACCUCCCAAAUAUGGAAUAUUGACUUCUUCCGUUUCGAAGUAUGUGUUGAAAACUUGCGAUCUGUUCACUCAGGAAGACAUAAACUCGAUGAAUCUGAAAUACAAGUUAUUUCAAAAAUCUUUUUCCUAUGUUCAGGAUACAUUUUCUUUCAUCGUGUUUUCACCUGGAUGUAAUAAUGUUACAAGAAAUAUGACCGUUAUAUUUUAUCCUUCGUUAGAUACGAAAUCUAAGGUGAUGGCAAUUUUACAUCCUUUGACUGUGGAUGAAGGGGGUCAGAAGGUUAUAGAUACAGAUUUUUUCAACCUGAAGACAGAUUUUCUGAGAAAUGUAACGUUUAACGUAACUCAAGGUCCAUCCCAUGGUUAUCUUUCGUUGAUGACAGACGAUUCAUAUAGCAAUGCAACCAGAUCGUUCACGUUGAGAGAUGUACAGGAUAAAAAACUCUCUUAUGUUCACGACGAUUCAGAAACCACCCACGAUGAAUUUAAGUUUCUUGCCUUGUCAGUCGAAGACAAUUUUCAGUUUGUGGGCGAAUAUAACAUCAAUAUUAUCAUGAAAAACGACAAUAGUCCAAUAAGGAAAGUAGAAAAGAUAUUUCACUUGGUGGUUGGGGGUGAGAAAGUCAUUUCAAGGGAGGAUCUUGAAUAUGUUGAUAAUGAUAUAGAAACAACGCCUUCGAAAAUUAUAUACUCAUGCCAAGAAUCUCCGAAUGGCAAUUUUUAUAAUGUCGAUAAUCCAAAUCAAAAUAUAAAGGAGUUCACUCAAGAAGAUUUGAACUCUGGUAGAAUAUUAUUCAAACACAAGGGUCCAGCAAAUGGUAAAGUGAAAUUGUGGGUAACUGACGGACAGUUCCAUCUUGAAAGUUUGCUAGAGAUCCAAGCAUCGGCUCCUUUCAUUAAAAUCAUUAUGCAAAAGAAAUUGAUUGUGGAAUAUGGGAAAAUGGCUGUUAUUACCAAGGAUCAUCUUGAUUAUUUUACCAAUUUGGACGUGAGGGGAUCGAAUUUGACAUAUGAGAUCAUAACGAAACCGUCAUUCGGAAAAAUUGCCUCAACGUCAACACUAAAAAAUGUUGUAACUUUUACCCAGACAGACAUUAAUAAAGGGGCCAUCAGUUAUGUUAACGAUCUAUCUUCGGCAAAUGGCGAUGAGAUAGGUUUGAGAGCCAAGUGUAAAGAUGCCGUCAGUAUUGCCCAAAUGGGAGUGUGGAUGCUACCUUCUUAUUAUUGGGAGCCAUUCAAGGACAAGGGAAGUAAAAAAUUGCAGGUUGAGGAAUCCACAAGUGCACUCAUCACGAAAAAAGUAUUAGAGAUUUUCCAAACAAAUGUUCCUCCAUCGUCAAUUACAUAUUACGUUAGCCGGAUACCCUUGAAUGGAUAUCUGACCAUUCUGUCCAGCACUAACGAUACAGAUAGGGAUAUAAUCAACGUAUUCUCCUUCACUCAAGAUUUAAUUAACGAAAAACGUGUUUUGUACAUACAAUCCGGGGCCAAUGAAACUUCCGACAGUAUAUCCUUCAACGUUACAAACGGUAUUAUAUGGUACGAUGAUCUAGAAUUGAAGAUCGAAAUUAUCCCUGAACGACUAUAUUUGGGUAGUAGUAACGUGGUCGUGGAAGAAGGAGGUGUUGCAGUUAUAACACCGGCUAAUUUGUUCGUGCUGACCAGUUAUUACAGAAAAAGGAUUACCGACUACGUCAUUCUUCAAGAUGCCAUGUUCGGAUGCAUCCAAGUUCAUAAGAGGUGCAAUAAAUUCAAUGGUUUUUCUCAUAAGGAGUUGGUUUCUGGCGUGGUUAGAUAUGCGCAUGACGGUUCAGAGAAUUUAUCCGAUGAAAUAACGCUGGUAGCUGUCGCUGCGCAGAAGAGGAGUAUACCAAUCACACUGAAAUUCGAUGUGAAUCCUGUGAACGACAACGAACCGAAAUUGGUCAAUAAUACAGGACUAACGAUGUGGGAGGGGGGAACUGCUUUUAUAACUAAUGAAAUGCUCGCCGUCUCCGAUGCCGAUGUUCCAGAAGACGUGAUUAAAUAUCAAAUACUUGGAUCGUGGUGGGGAAAUGUUGUUCUCAUGUCCGACGUUACAACACCUAUAACGUAUUUUACCCAGUCGUCCAUAAAUAAAAGAAUCAUCGGAUUUCACCAUGAAAAUGGUACUGAGGCGAAAUUCAAAUUCAAUAUAACAGAUGGAGUUCACAAAACGAGAGAUUUCUAUUUUGUCGUGAGAACUAGGCCGGUGAAAUUGACAGUUAGGACGAAACCGCUUCACAUAUUUCCCCUACAGAGGAAAUUUUUAACCAUCUCUCACCUUGCCGCUUGUGUAUCAGACAAUAAUAGGACCAUUUAUUACGAAGUAAUUGUUCCCCCAUCUCUAGGAAGGUUAAUGAUGGAAUCGAGCACACCUGGUAUCUUCAAAGUUGUGUCGAGUUUCUCACAGGACGAUAUAAACAAUACGAAAGUUUUUUACGAACACACGCAUCAAUUUUCUGACUUAUACGCUAAUGAUUCUUUUGUUUUCAAUGUGAAGAGUCACCUUGCUAAGCCCUUGUUGAAGAAGGUUUUAAAGAUAGACAUAUCAGUAUCAUCAGGAGGAUUAGACUCUUACAUAAACAUACCUAAAAUUACAGUGGACGAAGGUGGUAUGGCCAGUAUUCCUCUGAAUCUUUCAGAAGUGGUUGAAUUUUUAGAAAACCACUCUGGUCUUCGUUCUCCAAUAAUACAUGUUUCAUCAUCGUCGCCUCAGUUUGGCCAGUUACUUUUGAAAGAUCAUAACAACUUCACGGUGUUGAAUGUUUUCACACAGCAACAGCUAGAAGCUGGACUAGUUUAUUAUCAUCAUGAUCAUUCGGAUUCUAUAGGAGAUAACAUAAAUCUAUCUUUAUAUUUGAUACCUCAUUACAUUGCUCUCUGUAAUAUAACCAUACCCAUUACUGUGAAUCCAAUCAACGACCAACCAUUUCAUCUUGUUACUCCUACACCUUCUUUCACCGUUGUCCAAGGGGAAAAUCAUACAAUCACAAGGAAUGAGUUGGAAACUGAAGAUGCCGAUACUCCACCGUCAAAACUGAAGUACAUAGUGAUCAGUGGACCCAAUCAGGGAAAAUUAGUUUUAUCGCCCGAUACUGUAGCCAUAACACAUUUCACCCAAGAAGACAUCAAUCAAAAUAAACUAGUUUAUAUUCACAAUACUUCAGUUCUGGUAGAUUCCUUCCAUUUUAGAGUGUGGGACGAUAAGUUCAGACCUCAGUUCAGAGUGUUCAAUAUAAUUAUAUUACCAGUCAAUUUAACGAUAUCUCCAGGAAUGCCUUUGUAUAUACAACAAGGUGUAGAUACAGUAUUUUUAUCUGAGAAACAGUUUUCUAUCCAAACCAAUGCCAAUAAAUAUAAAAUCAAGUAUUCGUUGAAGAGAGAACCAAAACAUGGCGUUUUAUAUGUUAAGAAUGCUCCUUCGAAUACUUUCAUGCAAAGCGAUUUGGAAAAAGAGAAUGUGAUGUACCUCCAGUCUGACAUGACAACUGCCAAUGAUAGUUUACUAGUAGAUGGAGAAAUAGUUUCAGGAAACACGUCAUUCUCAAGCGAAAUUGAAGUUUAUAUUAAGGUACAACCAUUGAUGCAGCUCAGAAACUUUACAGCUGUAACAGGGGAGUAUAAUAAAAUAACCCUUCAUAUCCUUGAUGCCACUCCUCUAGCCAAACUGACUAACAGCAAUCCGAGGUAUAAUGUUUUGUCGUUACCUAAGUAUUGUAGAGUGAAACGGGUGAUUCGUAAUUCUGGAGAUAAAAAGAAGGUAUUGGAUUCCAUAAUUUCAUCGUUUACUCACGAGGAGAUACAGAGUGGUCUUAUUUACUUGGAAGUGGAAGACAUCGAACUGCCAUGGUACGGCGUUGAUGAUAAAUUAACGUUCUUAUUGGCGGCCAGUAUAUUUCAACCUGCCAUCGGAGAAUUGAGACUGAACUUGAAAAAUUCACUGCACAAUAACAUCUACUCGACUAUAGCUGGACCGGGUAAUUCAGCAGGCCAUGAGGGAGGUUUUCAUGUUGCUAGUCCAAAUAUGACGAGGGAUUACUUCUUGUUGGUGACAAUGGUUACUGGGGUGGUGCUUCUGGGAGUGGCGGUCAUAAUAAUAAUAAAAUGCAGAACUUACGAACCAACUGAUAUCAAAGAAGAUAUACAACCUAUGGCCUUACCUCGUCCCCCUGAUAGGCUCAUGUCUUCGUCUCCCCCGUUGAAGCAUCACAUCGACGAAUACUCACCACAAAUGCCUGCACUGCCGCAGUGUAAAAUAACACCUCUUGGCGGAGUGACCGAAUUAGAUUCGCAAGGAGUCUACCCUUACGGUGUGGAGGAACAAUCGGAAGAAUGGAGUAAUUGCGAAGCAUCCGAUCCUCCUUGUUCGAAUAAGAACAUAAUGUUGCGUAGAAACCAAUAUUGGGUAUGAAAAGUCCCUCACCCUCGGACUAGUUUGAAGAUUAUUAUCAUAGCUAUUUUGAAUUCAUCGUGUCUUAGUUGAUAGUCGAAUUUUUAUACAUGUUUCAUAGUUAUAUGUUUUUCAUACUUCUCAUAAUCACAAACAUAUUCUCUUUAAAUUAUUAUUGAAUUGUUGAUCGAUGAAUUAGCCAAAUGAAAUGUGUUCAAUUGACUGAAGGAAAGGUUGAGUUUGAUUAGUAUCCAGUACCCAAAGUCUUUAAUCGGUUAGUUGAUAUGGUGAAAAAGUUUAAAUAACAAUUUUGGCAUUUAAAUUUUUUUGUAUAUUAUUAAUCCAAGGUAUUUUCAAUGAAUAUGGCAGUGAAUUAUUAUUUAUUCUCCACAUUGUCAAGUUAUUCAGCGCGAUUAUAGUUAGGUUUCGCAAGUUAAUUAUGAUUGUUUUUUCUUGUAUGUAUCAUCAAUUAUUCUGAAUAUACAUAGAUUCUAAUAUUCAUCUUUUGUAGUUAUUAUAUCAUACUUUUUACUUUUUUACGAUAAAACUUUAAGAACCCUAUUACUGUUUGUGAGUAUGCAACUGUGUGAAAAAACCGUUAGGUUGAAUUAAAAUCACUUUUUGAAGAUUGUUCUGAUUUAAUCGAAAAUAUAUUUGAUCUUUAUGCAGUUGGAUGUGUCACCCUAUUUUUGUGGUAAUGAAGUAAUAAAUGCGUUUUACAAA